GAGCUCAAAGAGGGGAAACAGAAGUCUCUCUGUCCCAGCAGUCUUUUCCCUGAUGUUUAAACAGCAGGAGAGUCCGGGGACCUAAACUGGAGCUAAUUAGCUAAUUCAUGAGGCCUGAAGGGAGCAACAUGUGAUUUAAUGCAGUCGACAGCAACAGCCAUGUUUCUUAACAACAGGAUUUGUCAUUAUUUUCUAUACAAUCUGAACAGUUUCUCACAUUAGCAGUAAAAUAUGGAAAGUACGCUUUAAGAGUGAAGUACAAAUGUAUCCUGGGAAACACAGAAGGAUUAUAGGCAAGUCAUCUCUACUGGAGUGUUGUAUCUAAAGAUAUGCUUGACUUUGUAGUUGCAGUAGCACAUAUGAAAACAACAUCUACUGCUGCACACUGAGGGGACAUAGGUUUGUUUUAAAUCAACACCUUAGAUCAGACAUGGCUUGUUACACACACCAUAUUAUGUUGAUAUGUAGAUUAGUUACACUGGCAUUCUUACUAGAGAAGUGACAUUUCUUUUCUGAAUAAGGGCAGCGACUUUUGGCUUAUAAGAUGUCAGUGCAAUCUGAAGACAAUGGUGAAGAGAACUGUCAUUCAGUGAACAACGAGAGCUGCUUUUUAUCGAGUUUGUACGUGAAAAGCUUGAUUCAUGUGUAUGUCGACCCAAACAUACCGAGCAUGACGACUACUACUUUCUUAAUGUUAGGAAACUGGUGGGUGUUGACAUCAGUCCAAAACUCGUCGGUGGAGGGGCUCACCGCAAAGCCCCCGUCUGUUACAACACCGAAUGGGUCUCUGGCAAAACUCAUCACCUCUGUGGGUAGAGCGAGUCCAUGUAAUCGACCAGAAAGGUUCUCUUUCAACUUCGCAAUGAAAUCAGUCAUCACAUCCACGACUUGCACCGGUGAUGAGAUGCAUUUGCGGAGUGUCGGAAAAUGCCCCCUGUGCUCAACUCAGUCGAAAAAAGGUACAGGGAAAGGUUGCAAGCAAAGUAUCUUAAAGCCCCGGAUAACAAGCUGUCAUCUAGCAGGUGUUGGCGUUUUACAAACUCGAGUCUCUGCUCAUCAGUGACACCUGGGGUCGACACAGGAGUCUCACCUCUUAUUUUCCCGGGGACUCAACAGCACAACUCCAGUCAAAAGCCUAGAAAGAGCAUCUCUAAAGAGCAUGCCUGCUUCUCAAAGCAGAUGAUCCAGAAGCAGAUUCGCAGUACGUAUGUCGCUUCUGUAGAGGAAAAACUCAAGCAGCACCCUCUGGCUAUGUACCCUCACUAUAAGGAUCACCUGACUCCUGAAUUAUUUAAUCGGGUGGUGGCUGUUUUAGACCCAGAUAUGUGCGUAAGCAAUGCCUCUGGACUUCCUGCACCUUCAGAAGACCUUGCAGAGGAGGAGGUCAAAACAGGAAACACCCAAACUUAAAAUGAUGAAUGCUUCUGAUGAUGCUCCUCCUUGAAGUCUGUUUGCCACCAAUUGUGCCCAUUCAAGCACACAGCAACUUCUCAGGUUGUGUAUAAAAUCCCAACCAGGAAGGCCAUUUAUAUUUCUAAAGCAAGAACAAAAUUCAGUACAGAUCACAAAUAUAAGUCAAAAAUAAUUUUUGAUAUCUGUUAUUUGGGGAGGGAAAAAAACAGUUACUUGCAAAAAUAAACAAAUUCAAGAGUCCGGCAACAGGUCCAAGUAGCUGAACUAAAAUGUAAACAAGAGAUAGAAUGGGGACUUGGAUCUGGCACAAAUCUCAAGAAAAUCCAUCGUCCUUUCCCGUCUAACAUAACAAACAGCUGGUUUUACGGCAAGUAACACAAACCAUCAAGAGUGAAGAGGAUACAAAAUAUUUGGAUUUGAAGACCUGUGUGUGGUGGGUCCACAUCGUUUGUAUAUGGAAAAAGCUCCAGAGGAUACAAAGGACAAGGGUGUUUAAGUAUGACUUUAUAUCUAAAGAAUCUCCUUUUUUUGAAGAGUAAGAUAAAGAUCAAGAACAAGAGGUGUGUAUAUUUCUGUGAGCAUAUAAAGGAAAUAUGGAUAAUUAAGAAGUGCUUAUAAACAAAGGACGGCAGAAGAUUUCCA